AGGUGGUCACCCAAGAUGCCUGGCAUGCCCUUGUAGCCUGGUACGACAAGUGUGGCCCGGCCUUGCCUCGCAAGGUCAUUGAGAUCGAUGGACACCUGGAGCUGGAGAUGUAUCCCUUGGCCUUGCAUAUCAGUCGCACGGAUCAGGACGGCCAGAUUAUGCUGUUAGAGAAGACCCUAGAGAUCAGCAGGACCGCCCUGGCCAGCGAGGCAAAACAGGCCGCCUGCGCUCUACACGGCAUCGAUGGGGACUGGGUGCUGUGUCACAGAAUCCAUCAAGAUCUAGAGUUUGAGGAGGUCGAUGAAAGUCAGACACUUCAUGCGCUGCAUUUCUUGGAUGGUCACCAGCUUCUCCUUCGCGGCCGCAAUGCACCGACGCUACGGGCGAAUGGCCACCGUCUUCCGAGUGGAAAGAAUCAUGGUCACGUGGGGCUUCAAAAUUUGGGCAACACGUGCUACAUGAACGCGGCAAUUCAAUGUUUGGUCCACUCGCCGCUGCUGCCGGAC